AUGAUUCUCUCGGCCCUUGUCGCCUCGUUUAACCACGAUCCCGUCCACCAGUGGACUGAGCUCCGCCGCCUCUCGCGUCGCCAAAGCACAAACAUUACCCUGUACCUCGGCGCCUGGCACCGCAUCGACUAUGCCUUUUCCUAUGUCGAAGCCGAAGUCGAAUCUCCCGGUUCAGGCUCAGACGGCCUAGACUUGGACACGGCCGCCGCCAGCGAGCUUGACCAAUGCAAUACCGUCGUCUUCCACGCCGACCAAACCACGGCCCAGGAUGACCAAUACAACCCCAAUCCCUUCACGCCCGCUGCCCUGGCCAAGCUGUGGCACUUUCACGGCCAUCCCUAUCCGGUGGCCGCCAUCCGCGUCGGCCUUGGCGUCAUGAAUGGCGGCCUUGACGGUGGCUUCAUCCUGAGCGUGGCCAACCUUGACGGCCUGAAGGUCGAUUCUGAUGACGGCUCCGAGAUUCGUUUUCGUUUCAGGUCGACUUUCACCCGGCUCAUGAGGGAAAGGAGCUGGCUCAAUGAAAUCACUUCAUCCAUGGUGACUAAAACACUCCUCAUCAGACUGGCCAAUAGACCCAGCUUGCAAGUCAAACUCAACACCAUGAACCCCUUGGAUCUCUUGAAAGAGCUCGUCAUGCACAUACAGAUUCCCCGAUACGUCGAGCUUGCCAAGCGCAUUGCUCUGUGGCGUGACCCCACAGGCAACACCCCGGCUUUGUUUCACGAGUCAACCAAUGAGAUUCAUCACCAGUACGAAACACCUUAUCUGAUUUUCAGCAACGACGAGUCCUGGUCCGAAGACAGCAGCUCGGAAGCCAGUACCGAGGCCGGUGACUCGGGCCAGCCAGUGUCGGGCAGCAGCGCUCAAGAGGCCGACGGUGAGGGAGAUGGCGAUGACGUGCCCGACAGUGAUGACGACGAGGAUGAGGACGAGGACGGGGAUGAAGACGAGGACGAAUCCUCCUCCAGCAGCGAGGACAACGACAACGGCGGCCUCGGCGUCGACGACGACGAGGACGACGACGCCCUCAACUUUGACGAUGAUGACGACGACCUCGACGCGGCAGCACUCCGCGAGCCGUCGCCCGUCUACCACAACGCCGAAGCGCACCUGGGGCGCAUGUGCUGCCACGAGUACCACGACGAUAGGCAGUGCUGCUGCAGCCGGGGGCGGCAGGCCUUCUGCCGGGCGCGGUACCCGCCGGAUAUGUUCCUGCUGGCCGACCGCGACGAGUCCAUGGUGCCGCUCCUGCCCAUCUUCCAGGACUGGCUGCGCGUGCGCGAGCGCGACCCCCACCAAGACAGCGGCGAGGCCAUGGACCUGCUGCACCGUAUCUACCACCUAGCCGGCCAUGAGUACCAGUACCGCACUGAGCGCCAACAUGAUGCCGCCGAGUGCCGCUUCCUGAGCAACUGGUUCAACCCCCAGCACUAGCUCGACGCCUACCCCCUCUCCAAGUCGAGCGCUAAGGAAAAUAUGAUGCGCUACCUCACUAGCCGUCCGGGUAGAGACGAGCCUUUCUAAGCCUGGCUGCCGUACGGUGGGAGGUAGUAGAGUUGCAUGGCUAUUCACAUACGGCGUAGAGUCUCAUUCGCGUUGUUUGUGCAAUGGUUUGGCUGUGGGGGAGGGACAGACGUAGUAUCAUGACGAUGGACUCUUUGAGUACCUUAGUUAUGGAGAACUCCUUACCUUACCUAGGUAGCUAAAACGAUAAAUCAAACCACAAGUUGCAAU